CUCCAACUCCCACAAUGCAUCACUUCAGACACAGCUCCAAGCAGUCGGUACCUCGGAGCACAUCACUGUGGACUCGCCGUGCUCAAGAGCAAUGGCAGCCGCCUUAUCCCGCGCCCUCAAACUGCCAGGAAAGAAAGGCUCCGAGCUGGGCGAGUACGACCCGCUCACCCAAGCUGACAGCGAGGAUGAGAGUGAAGAGGACGACCUGGUCCUCAAUUACCCCCGCAACGGUCUGGGCCGGGACACUCACCUGGGCCCCAGAGGGAGAACCGGGCGACUAGUGGCGGCCGAAGACGGGGAGGCGGAGGACGAGGACGAAUGGCGAGAGCGGCCCGCCAGCAAGUCCCGCCCGGACAGAGACGAUGGGCGGCACUGGGGCCCUUCAGGGGACGACGUGGGGCAAGCGGGAACAUCCGGUCUUCGAGUUCGCGGUACCGAUGAGGAAGAGAAAAGGAUGAGGAGGAAGAACGCUGCGCGGGCUUCCUGUUUCCUGCUGCCUCUGGUGUGCGCCAUGGUGUUGGUGCUGCUUGGCGCGUUCCUCAUUCCUUGCCAGAAGGGGGCGCUGGCGAAGAGGCCGCAGUGGGAGAGAAGACAGGGAGAUGCAGCAGGUGUGACUCCACCUGCCCUGGCGUUAUGGGAUGUGGACGGGGACUCGGUGGAUGACGUGCUACUCAGUGUGAGCGAGUGCACCAACGACACACGUGUCACUCAAGGAACCAAAAUCCACAGUGCCGUGGUCCUGUCCGGCGCCACGGGCCAGGUGCUCUGGACGAAAGUCACGUUGGAGUCGGUCAUGUACGUCCAAUGUGGUCUCCGGAUCAGCGCCCGGCCAACACCCGUGUGUCUCCUCAUCGGCAAGUCCGUCAUCACGGCUGUGAACGGCACCACAGGGAAGAACUUGUGGUCUGUCCUGCUGAAGAACAUCGAGUCCCAGGCGGUCUUACUCCCAGACCUCCAGGAGGACUCCAUCCCAGACCUGCUCAUAGCCACCCUGCCUGCAGAUGAGGCUCUGGAUCUCUCUCUGACUCUAAAGUCGGGGCUGACUGGAGAAACUCUGGGACAGUCCGUGUCCUUCAACCUCACAGGACAAGGGAAGCUGAUCGGACCACUUCUGCACCAGACACAGCAAGGGGCGGCCUACAUCCUGUUCGGCCUUGGUAACGUGGUGGCCGUCUCUCUGCGCGAUGUCUACAUCCGUGCAACCGGCAAGUCGCCCAUGGCUCAGGCGCUCUGGCGGAAGGAUCCAGGAUGGGAGAGUCUCGAUAAAACUAAUUCCUCUUCCUUCAUACACAUUUUCAGAGGAUCAGAGCGUGUGGACUUCCUGCUCCCCCUGGUGGCCGGUUUGGGCAGCUGCGACAACAACCUGGACACGGUCGCCAACCUGAACUCCAGCAAGAGCGACUGGGUGCUGGUGUACGGCUCCAGCAAACUCUCCGUGCUCAGACAGAGGGACGUACGAAAACAGUGGACCUUUAACUCCGCCCCCAUCCACAGCCAACCAACACCAGGACACUUCAACGAUGAUGGAAUCCUUGAUAUUUUCCUUCAGCACUCAUCAAAGGGCGUCAUGACGGCGCUGGUGAUCGACGGGGCCAACGGGCGCCCUCUCUGGACGGCACAGUUCGUGUGCCCUCGUCUGGUUUUGGAAGCGGCAGCGGUCGCCACUUCCACUGGUCUGUCUGCUUUUGUCUUCUGGGCCAGUGAGCCAAUCAGAGCGUGGAAGAAUAUCACCACAGCAACUGUAACUCCUGGUGUUGCUGAGCCGGUCAUAAGAAAGCUCUUCCUGUUGCACCCAACGCUUCCCACAAUCCUCCAGGAGCUGAGCAGCACCACAGACACAGUGGUGGCAGCAGCAGUGAGUUACGAGGAGCUUCUGAAAGACGCGACCUAUAUCACCGUGUCCUCGAGGCCCACGCCCAACUCGCAGCCCGCCGCCCGGAUAGUGAGGAGCAUGAGCCUCCGCGCCGCCCUCGCCAAAGGACACACACUCUCACUCGGCGACGAGACCGGGACGGCGCACGAGAUCAUCGAGGCGUUCUUCAGACGCUUGUUCUUCAGACGUCAGUGAGACACUGAAUGAAGCACGAGACACCAGUGACUGACCUCAAGGGAGCAUAGAAGAUAUUUAGAUCUCACUAGUCCAAUUCAUCAGUAUUUAAUAUUUUUCUGUCAAAUGUCUUUUUUUUUUCAAAU